ACUUGGAAGCAACCCUGUGGAAUAAUUACAGUUCAGUGGCAAAGUGACAAGCAAAAAUACAAAAAUACGAAAAUGGUCCUCGAAAGUACUAUGAUAUGUUUUGACAACAGCGAUUUCCAAAGAAAUGGAGAUUACUUUCCAACUCGUCUCAGCGUCCAGAAAGACGGCAUUAAUCUUCUCUGUCUUACCAAGUUAAGGGCGAAUCCAGAAAACAAUGUUGGUCUAAUGACUCUGUCUAAUACCGUAGAAGUGCUGGCCACCCUGACAACUGAUGUGGGUCGCAUAUUUUCCAAGCUGCAUCUAAUUCAACCAAAAGGAGAUAUAAACCUUCUAACUGGAAUACGGAUUGCCCAUUUAGUGUUAAAGCAUCGUCAAGGCAAGAACCAUAAAAUGCGCAUUGUUGUUUUUGUGGGCUCGCCUUUGCAAAACGAGGAGGGAGAGUUGGUUAAGCAAGCAAAACGUCUUAAAAAAGAGAAGGUCAAUGUAGAUAUUGUCAGCUUUGGCGAUCAUGUCAAUAACAACGAGACGCUGACUGCAUUUAUCAACGCUCUAAACGGUAAGGAUGGGACCGGCUCCCAUCUGGUUAGUGUUCCCCGUGGAUCUGUAUUAAGCGAGGCUUUGCUGUCUUCGCCAAUUAUCCAGGGUGAGGAUGGCCUGGGUGGCGCUGGUCUAGGUGGUAAUGUGUUUGAGUUUGGUGUCGACCCCAACGAAGAUCCGGAGCUUGCACUCGCUUUGCGAGUCUCAAUGGAAGAACAACGUCAUCGUCAGGAAAGCGAACAACGCCGCGCAGGUGCGGAUAAUUCCGGGUCAGCCAGUGCUGAUGUUGCACCACCAGCACCAAGCGCAGGGGAACGAGGCGGCACUACAGGAAUCGCUAUUCCCGAAUCAAACUCGGAGGAAGCCAUGCUACAAAGGGCCUUAGCACUGUCCACUGAAAUUCCCGAAGAUAAUUUGCCAGAUUUCGCCAACAUGACCGAAGAGGAACAAAUCGCUUUUGCUAUGCAGAUGUCGAUGCAAGAUGCUGCUGAUGAUAACGUUACCCAGCAGGCUAAGCGUCCAAAGACUGACGAUGCUAAUGCUCCAAUGGAUGUAGAUGAGGAUUACUCAGAGGUGAUUGGUGACCCAGCAUUUUUGCAGAGCGUUCUAGAAAAUCUUCCUGGUGUCGAUCCACAGUCUGAAGCUGUGCGUGAUGCUGUUGGAUCGCUCAACAAAGAUAAGGACAAAAAGAGCGAUGAUAAGGACAGCCAAAAGAAAUAAUAAUAAUAAAAAAAAACAAAAUUCAUCUCUUACUAUAUCUAAUAAGCUUGAUUAAAUCAUUGUAUCCGCAUUAUAUUCAUUAAAAAUCAUUUGUGAACGUUUGGAAAAUUGUCCAACUCAAAUGAAAGCGAAGAUAAAA